AUGUCAACAAUCGGCACAACAACAAUUCAAACAACUACAGCACCAAACUCUUUAGUCAUGAAUCCAACAUCUAUGUUAGUAGAGAUGAAAAGCUUCAUUCCUUCUUCAUAUACUUUCGAAACAGAAAUCCAGAAGAUAAAGCAAGAACUUUUAACAAGUAAUUUAGACUGUAGUGCGAAAGAUGAAACAAAUGAACAGUAUCUUUAUGAAAUGCAGGACAUUAUUGACCAUUUACCCAAAUUGCCUGAAAUCCAACAACAAAAACUCACUAUUCCUGAAUUCGACGAAAUAGAAGUCAAAGCAACUGACUCAGUAGAAAUAAAGAAGUUCAUACGAAAGGUAAACUAUGAGUUUCUAGGAUUUCAUUGCAACCAUAAGGUUAUGGACAAAGAUUGCGACAUAGUAUAUAAGAAUGUUUCUGACCUUUACAAAACCCGGGAGUUUAAGACCUACGACAACUUUGUUUCGUUAGUUGCUGAAUGUGUAUGGCAGAUAAGAGAUAAAGAUAGAAGAGGUAAGGUAUGGAAUGAACAGAUAAAACCAGCAGCUUUUGAGUUAAAGAAAACCAUUGACGCCUUAGUUGUUUUAGCAGGUAAGGUUUCAGAAUAUAACGCAAAAAUGAACCCGCAAU